ACAGAUUACACUGAAUCCACUCUCUUCUUCUUCUCCUCUGCCGGGUUCGGUUUUCUUUCUCUUCCGGUUGUUCGUCUGUUCGUGUGGCAGAUAAACCAGUGUCGAAAUGGCCAAGUCCAAGAAUCACACGACCCACAACCAGUCUCGUAAACACCACAGGAAUGGGAUCAAGAAGCCUAGGUCUCAGCGUUAUGAGUCACUGAAGGGGGUGGACCCUAAGUUCCUGAGGAACAUGCGCUUUGCCAAGAAGCACAACAAGAAGGGCGUGAAGGCACAGAAGGCACAACAAGCUAAAACUGCAGCAGCUGCCGCCGCCGCCCCUGUCAGUGCGCCAUAGACUGUGUGUCCAUCAUCAUAAUAAAGUUAUGCUUUGUUAACAAACAAA